UUCAUCAUGUCUUUUGAAAGAACGGACGAAAACAGUACAAUGGAUUUGGAAUCAGAGUCCGGAUUCGAAGAUCCUUCUUAUCCAAGCAUUUCCUCUCGUUCUGUUCAGCGCAAACUAGAUAUGGCAGAACAGCUGACUCAGCUUCACGACCGCAUAAUAUCAUCCAUAGAAAAAGAUCAUCUAGUAGAAUUUGAUAUGCACUUUACUCAGUUUUACGAAUCUGAAAUCUAUAGAAAAUAUGUUUCUCAAUUUUUGAACAAAGCUCUGGAAACUGAUGCUAAAGGAAUAGUGCAUAAAAUAGUUUUGGAUGCAGCCGAUGAUAUAGACAUUACAUACUUUUCUGAGGACGAGACUAAACUUUCUGCAAUAUUUCAGUUAAGUUGUCAGCACGGUCAUAUUAAUCUUGUCCGCGAAUUCUUUGAAAAAGGUUUUAUAUCCGAAGAGGAAAUUUGGAAAGGUAUUGAAACUACAAGCCAAAGUCUUGUUUGCGAAGAGAAACGUAGGCAAAAACGAAAUUUUCAUUCCCUUAUUGUCAUUUUAGAGAUCAUUAUGGACAAUCUUCCUAAUGUUGAUUCAGACCGUCUGUUGCAAAUAUUCAAGUCAAUAUCGGAUCAAACAGUGAUAAUACGGUUACUAAUAAAGCGAAAAGAAAAAUUUGGGGAAGAGAUAAUGAACAAAUUGCUUUUAUACAUAUGUAAAAAUGGACUUUCCCAAUGCUUACAAUUUCUUUCAAUGAAAUCACUUCCCGUAAAAGAUAUUCUUGUUGGACUGAGGGCAGCGAUCAGAAAUAAGCACAGUGAUCUAGCGGACACAAUUCUCCACAAGAUGAACGGCAUGAAGUGUGAGAACUAUCAAGCUACACAAGAAACAAAUUUGAGAGAUGUUGUCCGCAAGGAAACCUUUAAAACACACCGAUCAAAAUCAAUCCUUUCUCAUGUUCAAAAUGCUUACGGCAAUUUUCAUGAAAAGCACAGAACAUACUUUGACACAAUGAAGUUUGAUUUGAUUGUAGACAAAAGAUUAAAGGUUUUAUGUAAAUGUGCAACUGAACAUUCGACGAUGGAGAAGAAACUGGAAAGCAAGAACAUGAGAUCAUUCUUCCGAGAAGAUAUUUGGAGAGAUAUCAUCCCAUGCAAGUCUUGUGUAGGAAAAACAAAGUGGCAUACAAAAAAGUCUUUCCGUCAUAUUUAUCAGGUGUUUGCAUUUGAAAAAAGGAAAGGCUAUUUUAAUUUUCAUGAAGAUAUCGUAGAUGAGAAUAACGCAAUAUUGCUGGGUAUAGCCCUGGCAAGGAAGGAGAUCGACUGGAAAGAAACAGUGGAUUACUGUCUGAAAGAUAUGUUUUCAUCAACAGAUAGAAGAUUGCUUGUGCGUACCCUUUCAAACAUGAUUUGCAAGAGAGUUUACGACAGUCUUGUCUCAUCAUUUGAAUUUUUGCGCAUAUUUCUGUCUUUCAAACGUGUAACUACCAAUGGUAAUUUUACAGAUGAAGAUGAUGGUGACAAUUCUGUAAAGACACCGCUGCUGGAACCAGUCAUCAUAGGCAUUUUCUCUGGAAAUCAGAGUAAUUUCUAUACUAUGGAAAGUUUCUUUGGUAUCAGAAUAAAAUGGAAACCACUUACAGAGGUAAAUGAUCGUGAAACAAGUUAUACUGAGUGCAAACGAAAAAUGAAGGAGGUUCAUAUAUCAAGACGUCUUUCGGAACAACUUUUUGUGAAACACAGUAAUCUAAACAUUAUUUCCACAGACGCAGUUAAAAGAAGAAACAAUACUAAUUUACACUCAAAGUGUAUUGUUUUAUAUUGUUGGGCUAAAGGAUUUAUUCCAUGCGGAGAAGACAUGUUUCCACGUGAAAUUAGGGGAAUCCCAACUGAUAUCAGAGAAGGUUUUUGCGUUUUUGGGAACGGUCCAGUAAUGAACAUAGGAAAUUCCAUUGGAACACUGAGAAAUGGUAACAUAUUAAAAUCUGGAACACUCGGUGGUUUUCUGGAGAAAAACAAUAAGUAUUAUAUGCUAACAUGUGCACAUGUUCUUCUGCAAGAACACGAACUUGUUCAGGUGGAUGGUGGACACGUUUUCGAUGAGGGUCCUGUGGUAGUUUCAACGGAAAAAAUCGAAAAAUAUGGAAAUGUAAAAGCUUUCGUUUUCAAACACGAUAAACACGACCAGACAAGUGUUGACGCUGCGCUUGUAUCAUUAACAGAAGAUGCAGUCAUUGCAAACGAACUCCCUGAGAAGGAUGCCAAAAAAUUACGCACUGCAGGAUUUUUGCCUCACAUCCCGCCUUCAUUUGCUUACGGAAAAACGCUUGAUAUUACCAAAUCCAGACAGAUACGCAAUAGUGUAAUAAAAUAUGGCUCAGAAACGGGAUUAACCAGAGGGUCUUUAUGUUUAGAUGGUAUCCAUGUUAGGAUUGAAAAUAUCCCUUUACUUCUGAAGGACCCCAUAAACCGUUUAUUUAACGACGAAUUAUUCCGGCAGCAAGGAUAUGGACUUGUUGGUGAAACUAUAAAUGAUUUUGUUCCAGUAGGACAACCUUUACAAACACAUGUGCAACCCAAUACGUUUUUGAUGUAUAAUCAAGUUGCAAUAGAUUCACACUGUUCUCUUGGUCCAUUUUUUAAAAUUGGCGAUUCUGGUUCCUUGGUAUUUUUACCUCAGGAAGACGGUACCCUCGACUGCAUUGGGAUGGCUAUUGGGUGCACAUCUUAUGGUACAUGUAUUAUGACACCGAUAGAAGAUGUAUUAGACAAUCUUGAUCGAAUGCUAGAUCCAAAGAAUUUACAUGAUAGGUUGCGAUUCAUUAAGUACAACUUCAAUGCAAUUUCGCCUGAAAGUUGUAAAAGUUCUGCAACUCAGUUUUCUCGUCGUUCGGAUAUCUUUGGUACUGCAUCGUCACAUGCAAUAGAAGAACAAAACAUGGAUGAUUUUAGGACGUCAUCAACAUCUCUCCCGCAAUCUCAGCCAGAUAUAGUCUCACUUUUUUCAUCCUUUACAUCUCAAAUGUUUGAAAAAUUUGAUUCGCUUGAAAGGAAGAUGGAAAGUCGAUUUGGAGCAAUAGAAAGACGUAUAAAUAUGUCGGAAAUGCAACCUACUUCGACAACAUCUAACGUCGAUACCGAUUCCGACAGUCUAUGAAAAGCUUUAUCAUUCCAAGAAACAAGGGUACACUGUAUAUUUUAUUCUCAAUGCAAAGGUGGUCUCCAGUUCGGAUACAUAGUUUGUAUUUUCAUUUCUUGUCGAAUUGUUAUUAUCACUUUGGAUAACCUAUAACGCAACAAUUUACAUGUUGCAUGAAAUGGUUUCCAGAUGACAAUUUAGUUCUGUUUGAGCUUUUGCAAUGGUAUUUUAGAUUAUAACUCACUUUGACUUACAAAAGACCAAUAUUAAUUUUGAGAUCAAGAAGGCAAAUGUCAAGGUAAAAAUGCAUAUACUGUAAAUGUAUUAUAUUUAAUAAGUAAUUCUGAUAUAUCGUUUUUUGAUUUCGAUGAACGGUAUUGCCAUGCACAUGGUUAAACAUUUCUGUGAAAUUUUCAAAAUGCUACUCUUCCUAAAAUUUUAAUCUGAUUUCACUAUAACAGGGUAUACAAGUAGACUACACUGAGGUACAUAAUUCUGUUUAUUGGUUUUGGAUUUUCAUAAAUGGUCUUACCAUGGUUGCUAAAAAUAGAAAUUUCUGUGAAAUUCUUUCCAAACGUUACCUUUCCUACAGUUUUAAUCCAAUUUCAAUAUAACAGAGUACACGAGUAGACUACAUCAUGAUACAUAAUUAUGUGUAUCAGUUUUUGAUUUCAAAAACCGGUGCUGUCAUGAUUGCUCAAAAUAGAAAUUUCUGUGAAAUUCAUUCACAAUGCUACUUGUCAGAUUUCAAUAUAACUAGGUACACAGGUAGAUUACACUUAAUUACAUCAUCCUGUAUAUCUGUUUUUGAUUUCAAUGAAUAAAGUUGCCAUGGUUAUUAAAAAUAGAAAUUUCUGUGAAAUUGUAUGAAAGUGAUACUUGAAGGUUUUCAGAAUUUGAUGAUUUUUCACUCAUAAAUUUCUCUUGCAAUAUGAACAAUGUAUGUAAAAUGAAAAAUGUUUUGAGUCAUGGUUACCAUGGAAACCAGGCCAAAGAAAUUUCCUUAGCAACCGCAAUUUUUCAGUGUUGAUAGACAAAAAAAUUAUGGCUUAAAAUAACAUGAAAAUACCAUGAGAAUUAUUUUCACUUACUGGUGUAAUAAAGAUACACAUUUUAAGUGUUUUAACAAUGCAAUAAAAAAAAUUUUUUUAAUGUGGACUGGUACUUAAAUUGUUGACUUGAUCGUAUUUUCGGCAAA